AUUUCCGCCUGCAAGUCUCAGCUCAAAGCAGUGAUGACGCCAACACGUGGAAAGCCGCGUAGUCAAGAGGAGAGAAAAAGAAAUAUUGGUAAAAAGAAGGAAAAUGGUGCCAAUCUUGGAACAGAUAGCAAAAUAAUGACAAUAGAGAAAAUGAAACUAAAAAAUUCAGAUUCGCAAAAUUCGCGAAAGCGAAAACGAGCGAAUUCGGAGAUGAAGAAGACAAAGGAAUCACCACCAAAGGAUUUAGACGUAGAAAUUGUCGAAGAAGAAACAUUUUUAUCGUUGAAACAAAUUUCACAGUGUAUUUCUGCGAUUUUCCAUUUAACUCAGGAACAGUUGAAAGAAAACGCGCAAAGAAAUCUUCUAAUCACGGAGGUGCAGCCGUUAUUUGUGCAAGUGACUUGCAUAAAAGUCCCAAAAGUGCCUCGCAGACAAAUGAGAAUCUUAUUACCACAUUCAAUAGUAGCACCAAACGAUGAAAUUGCUCUAUUUGUUUGUGAUUUGGAAAGAGGGAGAAGGAAAGAUUAUGAACUGACAGUAGAGCAUUACAAAAACUUAUUGGACGAGCACGGAUGUACUCGCGUGAAUGAAAUAAUACCUAUAAAUCGCGUGAAAACCGAAUUCGAUCAAUUCGAAUUGAAGAAAAAGCUUGUAGGCAGUUAUGAUCAUUUUCUUGUCGAUGGUCGCAUCGCUGGUUUUAUGUCACACCUGUUGGGAAAACAUUUCAUAAAGAGACGGAAAUUGCCAACAUCGAUCAGGAUGGACAGCAAAGAUUUGAAGCACGAAAUCGAUUAUGCAUUGAGAAAAACUAGCAUGCAUCUUCACUCUAACGGCGAUACUCAUUUAGUCCAGAUAGGGAACACAUCUAUGAGUGAAAAAGAAAUCAUGACAAAUAUAUUGGCGACUUGCAAAGAUCUUGAAAUGCAUUAUCCUGGCAAGUGGGCGAACAUACGAGCUCUUCGGUUGAAAAGCACGACCUCUCUAGCAUUGCCUUUUUAUAUGACAUUAAGGAGUAAAAAUACGAUUGAUCCACUCACGAUUGCGGUACCGCCGAAGAGACCGAAGGCUUACCACGAAGUGGAAGGAGAACUAUCGACGUUCCUGGGCGAUACCACAGUCACUGUUAAGCCCGAUGGCGAAGUUAUCCUUAAUAAACAAAAAAAUCUACGAAACAAGAAGAGCACAAAGAAAAACAAAUAAAUUAAGAAUUAAGACAAUAUAUAAAAAUUAUUGUUAUACUUUAAUCAUUUUAAUUCUAGUAAAAAACAAUUACAAAAAUUCACUAUUUCCAAAUUUGCUAUAUAUACAAAUUUAGAAUAUACCCUAUCUAAAUUUGUAAUAUUAAUUUAACAUAUUAAUUUAAUUAACAUUAAAUAUAUCACAUCUUAUAUAAUUCACAUUCGAUUAUUGCAUUUAAGAUGUUAAUAUUAGAUAAAUAUAUAUACUAUUGUUUAACAA